GUUUGCGUGUCGCGGUUUCUGCUCUCUGCCUCUCUCUCUAUCGUUCCAUCCUCUCUGCAGUUUUUCCUGACUGGUGCUCUCGUGUGUGUGAGUGUGUGUUGUUCAAAAACUGCGACUUGCUGUUAGUGUCCAGCCAGUAUAGAGUGAACAGCAAAAAUGCUUUGGAAAAUGGAUUUACUUCUCUCGUUCCUGCUGCUCUCGCUCAUUCAUGCCGGACACCCUCAAGAUUACCGGUCCAAUUUCCAAUUCGGACGCGGCCCCGAAAACCCUGGUGGUCCUUUUAUAAUAGACGGUCCCGAGGGGAGGAUGCCAUCCCCGCACUACAACGGCCCUGACUCUGCAAAUGACAAGGCGCUAUCAGACUCGUACGGUCCCCAGAUGCGCCACUACGGCGGCGGCAACAAUAACUUUGGGCCCCCGGUCGGCCCCCCUCAAAACCAAUUCGCUUGGCCGCCGCCCCCGGGCUACAGACCAAACGGACAAAAUGGACCAAACUUGAACCGACCACCCUUCCCUGACCCUUUCCAGAAAGUACCCAACUACAACAACAAACCACCCUAUUUCAACGGACCUUACCAGCAGCCACCGCCGCCACCGCAGCAACCCUUCCCGGGAUCAUACGGCAACCCUCCACGCAGGCCUGGCGAUUACGGACCCCCACCAAACAGGCCACCCUGGGUUGGCGCCGGCGGAUACCAACAAGGUCCGCCUAACGGACCCCCUUCGGGAUUUGGGCAACCAGUGUGGCCCAAUAAGAAACCCGAACCAAGCAUGCCCAAUAAGCCCACGGACUUUAUGGCUGAUGUGAUCAACAAAUUGGGGACGAAAGUGCUCUUGGACCAUAUCUCAGCGAGGGGAAAUUUCGUAUUUUCGCCCUACGGAGCCACUUCUGUCCUGAGCGUUUUGAGCGAGGGUGCAUCAGGCAGGACAGCCUAUCAACUGAACGACGUCCUAGACCUGCCCAAGAACUUUCAGGUCGUCAGAGUCGGAAUGAGAGACUUGCAUCGCGACUUGAAGGCCUACUUCAAGCACAAUGGAUUCCUGCAAGGAGUGGAUUUGAGUCACAACAACACAUCCCUCAGGGAAGACUUCAUUCCAAUUUUGCGAAGUUACGGCUACCACGUGGACGAUGAGAAUAAACAGCAGGAGGCCGCAACCGAAGCGCCAGAAAAAGUAGAAACUACAACAAUGCCCAUGCCGGAAGAGCAGAACGAAGCCGCAAUCUCAGAAACACAAAACGAAGGCGACAGCGAGCCUGCAAGCGAUAAUCUGACCGAGGAAGCGGCGACUGAAGAGCAACCAGCGGAGGAAGAGGCAACCGAGGAGGCCGCAACAGAGGAAGCGCCUGAGGGAGAUGAAAAGAAACGCAAAAAGAGAUCGAGUAAGAGAUUGACUUUGUGGAAAGACAUAGCGCUGCCAUCAAAACCGAACAAACAAGGUAAUGCAAUGAAGGGUGCAUAUGUUUCAGCCAACCAUGCACUUUUUCCUGAUAUAGAGCUGAACAACGGUCUAUCCCAACCGAGCUCAAGCGAGCCCUCUGCCAAUAACGACCCUCUGGCACCAAGGAAGCGGUUCCGACUCUAUUCUGGCGAAUUCACCGAGCCCGUGGUGGUGACAGAGAGGACAGAAAUGCUCCUCUUCUCUUCCCUGCCGCAGCUGAGCGCAGUUGCGGCGCUUGUGCCUCUUGAUGAACCACGGUAUGCUCUGCUGGUCUUGGUGCCGUACGACGGCCGACCCAUGGCUAUGAAGAAAUUGGUCAAAGAAUUGACUAAAGUGCCGCUUAGGACCGUCCUUGGGUCACUCAGGCCUAACCACGUGCAUUUCACCAUACCGUCGUUUUCAGCUAAAGGAACCGUCGUUCUCACUUCUGCCCUCCAGCAGAUUGGCAUCCAUGACAUUUUCGACCCAAGAAACGCAAAACUGGAUAAAAUGUCCGUCGACCCGGGGCUCUUUGUGAGGCAUCUCGAGCAGGUCAUUGACAUGAAUUUUGGAAAGGUCAAAUCAGUUAACACGAGAGUAAUUACGGCGCGAUCCACCACCGAGGUUUUUGAUGCCAUGCGGCCUUUCGUGUACUUUGUCAUUGACCGUCCGUCGCAAGUCGCCCUUUUGGCCGGCAAAGUUGAAGAUCCCACCACGCAGCGGAUAUUUUGACCAAAACACCGUUGACUUCGCUCAGAGUCAGUAAGCGAGAGAGGGCGACAUAUUUGCGUGGUUAGUGAUUGAAGGAGACACUGCAUUUUUGGAGGAGUUUUUGAACUCAAGAGUGCUGGAAAAGUGCAAGAUUUAGAUUUUUUCCGUAGGAGAAGUUUCCAAAAAAGACUUUUCUUCAUUUAAUUUAUAAAAAUAGUGCUUAAUGUGACAAGGAGCUCAGAAUUCGCCGCAAAAAUAAACCAAAAAAAUCAAAAUUUGAAUGUGCCUUGGAUCUUGGCUAAGUUUGAGUUCCAAUUUUGAUGGAUGUUUAAUUUUAGUAAUGUAUUUUUAUUUAUAUAGUAAGUGAUGAUUACUUGAUAAAUAAAUUAAAGUGGAAUUCUUUUCGUAUCAUUAAAGUGAAACAAUAAAGAGAUAAAUUUUA